GAGAUCUGUCGGAUCGACACGCGCCUUUUAACCUCGCGACCCGAGUUCAUCGCGAUGCGCGAGUCGUGGAGAGAAACAAUUGCUACGAAAUGUCGAAACGCUUGCACGCGCUCUCCGUAUGUUUUCGCCCCGUGGGGCCGUCUGUUCUCGCGCGACGCGCUCGUUUCGCCUGUGAUUCGUGAACGAUAUAACGACAUCGAUGACGACAAUGACGACGACGACGACGACAAUGACACACACAGGGCUCGGUCCCCGAAGGGUGGGGUAUUUAUUUUUGCGUUGCAGCUUGAAAUCGCACGAAGGAGCGAAACAUUCGUCGCGUAUUCGCGCUCAUCAUUGCCAGAAAUAGAUAUCGGUGAUAUGUACGUGGGUGUGUUGGAGCGAGCGCUGGCUUCCCGAUGCUUCUCCGCCUCUCGACGCGCAGCGCGCGAGAAAAAAUGGCAGGGAAUUCGCGUAGCGACGCGACAAGUGCUCGCGUCACGCGAGCGAGCGACGCGAUUCCGUCACGUCGUCGUCGGGACGGCGCGGACGCGCGCUACGCGCGACCGUAAAAAGCGUACGCGAGCGAGCAGAGGGUGGGCGGGCGAGCAGGAGCGCGCGCGGAACAUCCGAGAACGUAUCGCGCUUCCACUUCUCGUCUUCCCUCCUGAUCGCGAUCGUGCGCGCGAUUCGUCCGACACACGGCUACGUGUGUGUUCCACAGCGCGUGAAAAUAUCAUGGCGGUGAGGAGGCGAAGGUACAUAGCGCGAGCACACGUGAUUUAUUAGGCGGUGAACUUUCCUUCUGAGCUGUCGACACGAAUCGAGGAACGAUAAACUGGAAUGGGGAAGGACUAUUACAAGAUACUUGGCAUUGCCAAGGGAGCGAGCGACGAGGAGAUAAAGAAGGCUUACAGGAAGUUGGCUUUGCGAUAUCAUCCCGACAAGAACAGGAGCGCUGGCGCCGAGGAGAAGUUCAAGGAGAUAGCAGAGGCGUACGAAGUGCUGUCGGACGCUAAGAAGAGAGAGGUUUACGACAAAUUCGGCGAGGAGGGCCUCAAGGGGGGUGCCUCGGCCGGCGGAGGCGGAGGAGGCGCCACGUAUACUUUCCACGGUGAUCCCAGGGCGACCUUCGCGCAAUUCUUCGGCUCGGCGACCCCGUUCCACAAUCUGUUCGAGUUCGCCGGCAACCGAGGAUUCGGCUUCCACGACGACGACAUGGAUAUUGAUAUGGAUCCGUUCGGGCUGGGCAUGGGGCCGCCGCGACCACCCGGCCAAGGUGGUGCCUUCAGAUCGCACUCAUUCAACUUUGCGAGCCCAAACACCGGCAAGGCGGCCGGCAAGGACCGCGCUCAGGAUCCGGCGAUCGAGCACGACCUGUAUAUAACCUUGGAAGAGAUCCUGCGUGGUUGCACGAAGAAGAUGAAGAUCUGUAGACGGGCGAUACAGCCGGAUGGCAGCACCAAGAAGGAGGACAAGCUACUCACCAUCAACGUGAAGCCAGGCUGGAAGGCUGGCACAAAGAUCACCUUCCAGAAGGAGGGCGAUCAGUCGCCGCGAAGGGAACCCGCGGACAUCGUCUUUAUUAUCAGAGAUAAGCCGCAUCCGCUGUUCAGGAGAGAAGGCAGUGACGUUAGGUACACGUGUAAAUUGAGCCUGAAGCAGGCUCUAUGCGGUACUAUCCUCGAAGUUCCUACUCUAACCGGCGAGAAGAUACCCUUGAAUCUGACGAGAGACAUCGUCAAGCCGAAUACGGUCAAGAGGUUCCAAGGACACGGUCUACCUUUCCCCAAAGAGCCGUCGCGGAAGGGCGAUCUGCUCGUGUCGUUCGACAUCAAAUUCCCUGAUACUUUGACGCAAAGCGCCAAGGAUAUAUUGUACGACACUCUACCCAAUUGAGACCCUGCAUACGUUAUCAGGUGUCGCACACGGACGGGGGGGUAUAUAUGUAUAUCGACACAUUCGGACACCUCGAAGCCAUACCGAUCGGCGGGAGUCUCGUGUGCGUUCUAGUACACGAAGACGCGGCGACGGAGGCCACGACAGCGGCGACAACGAGGACGGCCGCGGGACGAACGGGAGCGACACGACUUCGAACAUCCUCCGCGACACGUCCGUAGAGGCACAGGAACCGCAAAAAAGAAAACGAAUAGAUCGAUUAUUUUUAUGUCUCCUCCGACUUUUCGUUUCAACGACCAUUACUCUCCUCUUUUCAUUCGCCAACCGCGAUUUGAUCUUGGUACACUCUGCCUCUACACGACGUGCAACGUUGAGCCGAAUCGAUAGACUCUGAGGACGAAUAUGUAUAUUAAAUUAUAUGAUUAUAUAUUAUAGAGAGAGAGGAUUUCUGCUGUAUCGCUAAUUCGUGUGAUUGUCGCGUCAAAGUUUAUUUCUUUUUCCUCUAUUACGCAUGUGUAUGUUGUAAGUGAGGAUGUAUGUUACGUAUGUGUGCAUGUAUGUAUGUAUGUAUAUGUGCGCAUAUCUCGAGGUGUGUGGUGUAAAUGUGUGUGUGCUUACGUACGCGUUAUACGUGCGAAAGCUGUAAGACAAAGUGUAAGUGCAAUAUUGGAGACUUGAGAGCGUUUCAAUUGAGAUUCAUGUGCACGCACGAUACGAAUUGUUAAAAAAAAAGGAAUCGCUUUAAUAGCCCGGGAACGCUCGGGACGCGGACGGAAGAAAGGGAAACGAUGAAACAGAAGUUUCGGACAUUGCUUGGGCGGAUCCUGCGAAUCGUUUUUUUCGUACAUACAAAUCUCAAACGGAGGAAUUUUUGUUUAUAUUAAGUAUUAAGGCAGAGAAACACUAGUACACGCAGCUAGGCGCGAUCGUAACAUCUGUAACGUCGAGCCACACGUUGUCCUGUUAUGUAACGUGCUCUUAAGUUUAAUGGUUGAUUAAUUAUUUGUACGCUGAGAAUAAUACGAAAAUUAUAUUAAGUUACACGACACAA